AUGACAAAGCUGAGCAAAGUCUCUGCAGGCGGGCCUGAUAUGGCUCCUCGCACAAGAAUCAACCAAGACACCGAUCAUUCCCUUACCAGUGCACUCACCAAGAUAUCCCCAUUAAGCUGUACUUACCUAGGGUCAACGAGCUUCUUGUCAGUUUUUCGUGAAACGCAACCAGGCUUGUCUCCAAAUCCCAUACCUCAUGCAGUCCUACGAGGGCGAUGGAGCCAUGAUCAUAGGUUUGUGGCAUCACGCCUGGUUCGGCUACUGCCUGCCUUUCAGCUCUACGAAGAAUUGAUUAUAGGUCACUAUGAGCGAACCCCGACUACUAUCAUCCCAUUGCAACUCAUCCUACAGCCUCUUAAAAUGGUCAGGACCUACUUGGAAACAAACGGCUGGGGUAAGGAUCUGCAGCACGAAGAAAUAUAUUCUAAGAUUACACGGAAUACAGCCAGGCCGCUUCCUGAUCUGCGUAGUACCUCAAGCCCGUGGGACUUUUACACUCUGUUCACCGGCGCAAAUUUGAGAUGGGAAUUCAUCGGUAUCAUAUUUUCCUUCGCAGGAUUAGGUGCAUUAAGUAGCGAAGAGAAGCUGUUCAAUAUCAAGGGUCAAGGGUUGAUGUCCGCCAAGGUCUUUGCAGAAGAAAUGAUUGCAGCAAGUACCAUAUGCAUCGAGAUAUGCAAACAACUUGAUACAGUCAAUGAUUUGAUGAUAUGGUUAUAUGUAACACAUGGCGCGCUCGCCUCAGAAUCUUUCGGAGAAACAAGUCAUCGAAGCUAUGAGCUGCUUGGGGAUCUGGUGUCUCAUGUUUAUGCACUGGGUCUGCAUCGCUUCCAGUCAUCCGAAAAUGACGUUCCUUUCUUCAUCUCUGAGACUCGAAAGAGGCUUUUUGUUACUUCAUACCGUUGGGACAAGAACUUGGCCACCCUUCUGGGAAGGCCUCCUCGCCUCCCUUAUCACUACUGCGAGACAAGUCUACCACUAGACAUAGAAGACGACUUAAUACUUCACCAUGACUCUCUUGAACCACUAUUGCAGCAACUAGGGCCUGACGGGUGGAAUAUCAAAGGCGUCCAUAGUGGCACACUUCGCCAUGCAACGCUACUCAGGUUGCGCUUUAUGAUAUCCGUACUUCUUGAGCAAGUUUUAGAACUAUCACUAGGACGAAGAACGCCAGAUUUCACCGAGAAGCUCCGAACAACCUACGAGCAGUGCCUACAGAUGUGGACUCAAAUUCCCCAAGAAUAUCACUAUAGCGCAGACUCCUGGGAAGUGCUAAGCCCCCUAUCAUGCGUCGCAAUUAUAGUCGUACAUUUCGAAUACCUGUAUACUGUGUUUCAAGUGGAGCGGAUCCGCAGCCGCGAAAACCAGGACGAUACGAAGGAUCUCCUUGACACAUCAAUGAAGGUAAUUUCCGCGGUCAACGAUCUCAUGAAACACCGCGAGCAGGCAGGCAAUAAUAUCCUUAAGCGUUUCUUCUGCGUUCUUCUUUUCAAUGCUCUUGCACCUGCAGGUGUCCUUGCUACAGAAAUGCAUCGGUGCACUAUCGCAGAAACCCCCGUACCCUGCUCUUCGUCCCGCUCCGAGAUCAUCCGUAAACUAAGCGUCUUCGUCUCGUGGCUUGGUAGUGCUGAUCCUUCCAUAAGCCACACUAACCGGACCUGCGUGGAUAUCAACAAAGUCAUAACAAAAUUACUAGAUGAUACUUUAAACCACCAGCCUUCGCGCCGAUAUGCAAAGAGACUGCCAGACCUUAUUCAGGACCAUGGACUAUUUGAAGAAACUUCUUCUGGCUCUGUGAUGCCCUUGGCGAGUGUUGAGGAUUUACCGGACUUGGCGACUUUUGGCACUAGCGCUGACUUCCUCAGCUGGUUGGAUGACCUAGGAUUUGAAAACACUCUACCUGAGCUUCUUUUUUAA